GCUCGAACGGAGGGGAAGUUUUCAGCUUCUCGUGCGUUCGUGAGCCGCUGAAAAAAACAUUACGCAUAAAAUAAUUAUGACGAAGGAAAGACACUGUGUGAUUUCUUAAAAAGAUUAAGAAAACAAAGGCAAGCGGACGAUCGGGGAUAAUAUGGCACCACUGUCAGACAGGCAGCUGCUGAGGUGAGGCAGGAUCAUGGAGGCAGGCAGCGGUGCUGCUGCAGCACCGCACAACACGGCUCACACACCUCCAGGAGACAUGGCAAUUCCUGAUCCCCUCCAUGGCCCUCACUCUUCAGAGCAGGAGAAGGUUGAGCUGGAGAGGAGGCCGAAGACAGCAGAGAGAGCAGGCUGGGAGGACGCCAUCGCUCUUAUGGCGAGGAGCGUAAACGUGUUGCCAGAGCUGUCUGCUGACUCGUCUCUUCGCUCGUGCACCAGCACAGCCAGCAUGAAGGUCAAGAACGUGAAAAAGCUGCCUCUCAGCAAAGGCCAUUUCCCCCGCCUGGCAGAGUGCGCCCACUUCCACUAUGAGAAUGUCGAUGUCGGCUCUGUGCAGCUAACUCUGACCUGUGAUGAGAACGAUCUGACUCGCAGCAGCCUUAACCCCAGGGAACUGGUGUAUCUGGUCCAGAUCUGUUGCCAGGGGAAAAAAUGGAUUGUUAGACGCUCAUAUGAAGACUUCCGUGUCCUCGACAAGCACCUCCAUCUCUGCAUAUAUGACAGAAGGUUUUCUCGGCUCACUGAGCUUCCUCGAUUUGAAAACCUGAAACUCAAAUCAGAGCCACUUUCCCAGAUGCUUACUGCCUACCUUUCUCGACUCUCAGCCAUCGCUGACAACAAGAUAAACUGUGGGCCUGCCCUGACAUGGAUGGAGAUUGAUAAUAAAGGAAAUCGCCUGCUGGUCCAUGACGAGUCCUCCAUUAAUGUUCCAGCUGUCGCUGCAGCUCACGUCAUAAAGCGCUAUAUUGCCCAGGCUGCCGAUGAGCUCUCUUUCGAGGUUGGAGACAUAGUUUCGGUUAUUGACAUGCCUCCAAAGGAAGACACUGGAUGGUGGAGAGGAAAACAUGGCUUUAAGGUGGGAUUUUUUCCUUGUGAGUGUGUGGAACUGAUCAGUGAGAAAAUCUCUCCUAACGUCACCGGUUCACUUCCCAAACCAGUGUCUAAUAAGCAUGGGAAGCUGAUCACAUUCCUGCGUACUUUCAUGAAGUCGAGGCCUACUAAACAGAAGUUGAAGCAGAGAGGCAUCCUGAGGGAGAGGGUGUUUGGAUGUGACCUGGGAGAGCAUCUCCUCAAUUCAGGUCAUGAUGUGCCCCAAGUCAUCAAGAGCUGCACUGAGUUUAUUGAGAAGCAUGGGGUCGUAGAUGGCAUUUACAGACUGUCUGGUAUAUCCUCUAACAUUCAGAAACUACGGCACGAGUUUGAUUCGGAGCACAUUCCAGACCUCACCAAGGAAACGUAUAUCCAGGACAUCCAUUCUGUAGGGUCCCUCUGCAAGCUCUAUUUCCGCGAGCUCCCGAACCCACUGCUCACCUACCAGCUCUAUGGCAAAUUUUCAGAGGCUGUGUCAGGAGCCACAGACGAUGAAAGGCUGGUCAAAAUCCAUGACGUCAUUCAACAGUUGCCUCCUCCACAUUACAGAACUCUCGAGUUCCUAAUGAGGCACUUGGCUCGCAUGGCGACCUUUAGUUGCGUCACCAACAUGCACUGCAAGAACUUGGCAAUUGUCUGGGCUCCCAAUCUCCUCAGGUCAAAACAAAUCGAGUCAGCCUGCUUCAGUGGCGCAUCUGCCUUCAUGGAGGUACGGAUUCAGUCGGUGGUAGUGGAGUUUAUCCUCAAUCACGUCGAUGUCCUCUUCAGCCCCAAACUCAGCACUCUGAUUCGUGAAAGCACAGGUCACACCACUUUGUCCCGGCCGAAGUCUCUGCUUGUGUGCUCCCCAUCCACUAAGUUGCUUUCACUUGAAGAGGCCCAAGCUCGUACUCAGGCCCAGCUCGCCUCUCCUGUCUCCCCUGAAAGCAAGUACAUCGAGGUGGGAGAGGGUCCUGGUGCUUUGCAUGGAAAAUUCCAUACCAUAUUAGAGUUUCCAAUGGAAAGAAAGAAGGCCCAGACAAAGGUAAAGAAAUCUCCUGUGGCAAGCUUUCGUUCUUUCUUCAACAUGGCAAAAUCCUCUAGCACAGGCAAGCGCAAACUGCACCGUCAUCCCAGUGAGCCGAAUAACAUGAAGACUUCACAGGCACUCACAGGUGGUAGAGGAGAUACAGGAACUCUACGAUCAUCUAAAAGUGAAGAAUCUCUGUCGUCAAAUACUCUUGAGGGUGGAUCAGCAAUGUACCAGGCACGCAGGCUCCGCUCUACUAGUGUUGCCUUGUCUACUUCCUUCAACGAAGAGCUGCUAAACAGAGACCACAGAGAUUCUCAGUUAAGAAAUAAAGAGAGGAAAGACAUAGCUUUGUCCACCACUUGUGUGCCUGCUCUCAUAUCGACCCCACACUCUGCUGAUGCUGAUAUUGGCAAGGCUUCUCAAGACUUUGACCCAAUUUCGUUUCAUUGUGGUUCAGCACCGAUUGAAGCUUCCGUGACUGAAGAAAGAAAAAGAGGCAGCAGACGGAAGACUGGAGGCAGUACCGGUGAAUCAGAGACCUUGAAAAAAGUCACCCCUACAGGACCAUCUGAUGCAAUCCCAACUGUUUUAGAGGACACUAAUAAUAAGCACUCAAUGCCAGCAAAAUUCCGAACAGCCAUCACAGCUAAAGAUGAACUGAAAUCCUCUCAGAUUGUUCCUGUGGGUCUGAUCCAUAACCCUGAUGAUUUUGAGAUGAAAAAUAUGUCUGUGCCUUCCACAGAAGUCAUACCACCCCUUGGCAAGCCCAAUGAUUCAACAUGGGCACAAAACAGUGUGAACAAGCCUUUAAUCCGGACAGAAGCUGAAAGCAUUGAUGAAGUGCACACUGAGGAAACUAGACCAGUGAAACAAACAGAAUCAGGUGCUGUGACCUUCGACUGCACACCAGGGCUGGUAAGAUCAGUGUCUCUAAUAACCUCCCAGCCUGCUGUAAAGAAUGCUGCUCGUAUGCUGGCCCUUGCCUUGGCUGAAUCUGCACAACAGGCCACCGGGCUGAAAAAACGAGGGAGUUCAGAACCACCAACUCCUGUUUCUCCAAGUCACCUCCAGGAUCCACUUUCUAUACUGCAGUGGCCUUCAAAACCUACUGUUGAAGCCCAAACAUCGGCUGCCAGUAGAGGGCAUUGCUGUGGAACCUGCAAAAAGGUUUUCGGAACACCUUCAAGCAUCCUAUCUGCAGGAAGUUUCACCGAUGCUGGCAGCCUACAGAGCACUUGCGCAUGUCAUGGCAGUGAGAGCGGACUUAGCUGCUCUGAUGGAGGUGAUGUUUUGGCUGAAAGUCAUGAAAAUAAUUUGCCCUCCCAGGACAUACCUGAUGUUAAAAGUUUAAACACGAGGCAGAAUGCUGAAAGCCACAUGCCCAUGAGAGAAAAUGUCCGCCAUGUUGGAGUUGGUACAGAUGGUGGUAGCCCAAACCAGUUCUCUGACAUUGAAUCAUACAAGAACCUGAUGCCCCUUUCUUCACAGACAGAGACAUCACUCCAUACUACUGACAGUCAGUCAGCCAGGGCUUCUCUUUUCCAUAAGCAAGCUGCCAAUGCUUCUAAUUUCCGUGUGAUAUUAGCUGAAGCUUCUAUGCCAGCCUCAGUGCAUGAUGUUCUUCCACAAUCUCCAGUUACUUCUCCGACUUCUGUUUAUCAGUACAGUCCCAAAGAUGAAACCUUUGGGCCAUCAAGUGAAACAUACUGGCCGGGUCCAUUUGGACAGACCGGUCCUUUCCAGCCGGAUUAUAUGCAGUUCCAAACUAAGAUCUUCUCGAAGGACCACUUCAACACCCUGGCACCAAGGUCCCUCCAUCAGUCCAUUAAAUACAAGAGUCAACAUAGAAAUGAACACUCUCCAAGCUUCCUUUACAGACAUGGUGGCCCAAGAUACCCACAAAUGGAUGGUACGGCUGUGUAUCCCACUAUUCGUAGGGUAAGGUCGAUGCAUGCACCACCAGAGGACACGUUUUUUUUCCCGCAUCCAUCUUACCAGAACAGUACUUAUCGCAGACAGUUUAUUUCGGAUAUUCACCAAGUGAGGCCUUAUUUUGAGGAUGGUAAAGUUCAAUAUAGGUGCAAGCCCUAUUCAGGAGCGCAGUAUAACAACCUGGAUCAGUACAGAGUAAGCAGUCAAGGAUACAGCCACUCCUACACUCUCCUCAGACGGCCUACCUAUCCUGGUCGAGUAAUAAGCAAAGCUGAGAAUUAUCACAACCCCCUCAUCAACAUGUCCUAUAGCAGAGAAGGUAGUUUUAUAAAACAAGGUACUGGCCAUUUUCCAAGAACAAGAAAUGUUCCAUAUGAGGGUUUUGAUGCCGGAUUAUCAGAUCGACAUUUCAGUCCAUCGAUUAGACAAGCGAAUAUAGAGAAGAAGAGAGUGCAAGAUGUCCCCCAGUUCCAUCUUCCAAAGGAAAGCCUAAGGGGCCAAGAUACAAUGCACACCAGGAGUAAAUCCGAUUCUGCCAAAGAUCUGCUUAUUUCUACUGAAGGGGCUGAUGGGAAGUACAGGGUUACCAUGGUGUCCCAUUACUCCCCUGAACACCCAGUCUCUGAACCUAACAUGCCCAUUUCCAUCCAAAAAGAAAAACAGAAGAGUGGGCACAGCGUCAAACCUGCCCUAGCACUAAAGCAAAGUCGCUCGAUGCAGAACUAUGCACAGCACACACUUGAGCCCUUGUCACAACCGCGUAAGCUAACUCUGCAUAAAGAAUACAGCUGCCCUGAUUUUAAACACACUGAUUCUUCAGAUCACAGCAGCGCAAGACUUUACAACCAGGAUAAGCUGAUGAGGAUCCACAGCAGCCAUCCUAAAGAGGACUUUCAAUACUCUUGGGCUAAGGGACAUGAUUUGCAAAGAUCAACAAGGUCACAGAGCAUGAAAAGCCAUCGACAUCCAAGACAUGCUAAAAUGACCUUUGAGCCUGAGCAUAGAUUUUCAUGUCCCGUCCAGAGCAGGCCAAGGACUCGCAGCAUGUUUGCUCCAUCUCGCACUGAUUACAUGGACAGUUAUGUGUCUUUGCAGCCCAAAGUUCACGGCAUUUUCCCAAACUAUGGCUGCAUGCCCCCUCACAGUAACAGACUGUACCCUACAUCUAUGGGCACAGGACGUUUUCUUCACUCUGAGAUUAGGCCAGAGACAGAAAUAUAUGCUGAAUGAUAGGUACUUAUGGAUGUGUAUGGAAGGAAAAAAAAGUGGUUUAUUUUAUUUUAUUGAGUCUAUUAUAUAAAAAAUAAGAAGAAAGAGAAGCAUUAAAUGUAUUUUAAUAUUGUAUGAAAUUUUACCUGUAGAUUAUCUCAUAUUAAUACAUAUCAGAUAACACUGUCACUCAUAGAGUUUGGUGACAUUACAUUAACUUUCACAUAGCAUUUUUACUAAAUUAUAUAAAAACAUGAAUUAAUAAUUUGUAAUAGGUAAAUAAAGGUCAUUUUGUUCAGCAAAUCAUUAUAAAUCACUUUUCAGCUGUUUCCCCAGAAUUUCAUAUCUUCUGAAAUCUUAAAAUUUCAUCAUAAAACAUAUAUAUAUAUAUACUUGGUCUCACAAGGUAUUAAUUAACUGAUAAAACUAGUAUUUGGAUAACCAAAAUACCAGUUUGGCAUCCAAGGAACUGUCACAAAUUCUUAUUGUGUAUUUUUUUUUUUACGUGUCUUUUUGUGUGUCUUUUUAUAUAGCGAUUCCAAAAUCUAUGAUGAAUGCUGUGAACACAUCUGGCAAUUCUGGUCCGGUAAUAGACACUGUAAGGUCCUGAUUUACAGAGACUUAAAGUAAUUUGUGUGCAAUAAGACACAUUGCAGGAAUAUUGAAAAUAAAUGUGUAAAGUUACAUGUAAGGUCAUGGUGAGUUUAAAGUUCAAAAAUAUGUAAUAAUAAACUGAAUUUAAAAGUACAACAAAGACUAUUGAAAUGGGUUGGGGUUCUCAUCAAAUGUAAAUAAAUUAAUUAACUUUUCAAUGACUUUAUUUUGGCACCGAAUCAUGCAGUGAAUAUCUCGGAUCAAUCCAACUUUACAGUAAAUUUUAAUAUUUUCUGAUUAUUUUCCUAAAGCGAAAUGGUUCAAUUGCAGCUUCUGGAAAUGUAAUGCACGCUGUACCUUUCAGUUAUUUGAAUUUGUGUACACCGUAUCUGUCUCCUGUCUAGUGACUUUUAGGUAAUUGUGUGCAAAAUAUUUGAAAUAUAUUGACACUGCCAUGUAUUUUCCACCUUGAUAUACAAUCACAAAGAUUGAAAACACAAAAUGGGCAAGACUUGUGAUUUCAGUAUUUUUUAAAGUCACAGAUCACCAAAGACUCAGUCACUUUUUUGUUGUUGUUUUGUAAACAAUUUACAUUUUUACAUGUACACCUUUAUUAAAUCAGGGCCUGUAAAAUAUUCCACAUAUACUUAUACUAUACUUGUUCCCCAAACAGUCUAGUUACAGAGGUUUUCAUUCAAUUUCAGUUUCAUUCAGUGUAAUUAUUUGUCCUAGCGUAAUUUCUUUGCUAGUUUUCAUCUGUGUAAGCUCCAUUUAAGAGUCCUUCUUUUUUAUUAGUUUUGUGUCAAAGUUGUCAAAUGAAGUCAAAACUAUUAAGACUUAGCGUUAAGACUAAAAACUGGUACGUUUCUAAUGGACCGCUGUAAUAUAUACAAGUCUUGUGGUGUUAAACAUAUUUUCUUGCUGUUUAUUGCUUAUACAGUAUGUUGUAGGUGAAUAGGCAAGCACUUUAUAAUUAGACCCAGUCUGUGCAAAAAAGCAGACACUUUAAGAAGACUUUAAUGAAGAUAAUAAUUUUACAACUUACAAUGGUAUGCAAUAGAGUUGAGGAUAAGGAUUGAUUAGAAGAGUGAUCCUGGAAUUCAAAAUCAGGGUCAUGUUGAAUUGACCAUUAAAUGGUUACAAAUGGAAAUAUAAUGUAAAUUCAUAUAUUUAUUUAAAUAAAAACAGUCGUUCUUGUGUAGUUGAACAUAUGUGUAAUGUUCAAUAUCCUAAGGGUUUUUAUGUUGUCUACUUGUUUUUUUAUGUUGUACUAUUACUUUCAUUAAAAAUUCAAUAUAUGAGCUGUAA